GGCAAGAUUUCAUUUCUGUUAAGAUUUCUGCUUUCUCAAAACCCACUAAUAAAGAGGAUUAUUGUAAUAGAAGUAAAAAAGCAGACAUCCAACAAGGAAUAUCACAAAACCUUGCACAGAUUCACAGUGCAGUGUGGAGAAAUGAAAAAUGCAUUACUCACCAAAUAAAACCAGAUAUCAAAGUACAUGAUAUUAGAGAAGAAGAGAUUACCUCGAAGAUUUCAUCUCCAUUAAAGAAAGUUGAAAAAAUUCUUAAUAAAUAUCAGGAAGCUUUGAAGAAAGCGACGGAUGAAGGAUAUGUUGAACUUGAUUCUGAUCUUUUUCUGGAUAUUAAUUCUGUUAUUCGGUUAACAAUUGGCGAAGUUGAGAAUAAACACCACAAAAACCAAAAGGAUUUAUCAAAGCUUCCUGAAAAUAGGCGACCAAUAGGCUGGUAUCAUGAUGGAAUCCUUACAAUUAACGUGAAUGGUGUUGAUGAAUACAUUGGCUUCCUUGAGGUUGUGGGAAAUGCAAUGAUCGAGGAUCAUAAGAAAAUGAUGGGAGAUAGAGAUAAAAUUUUAAAGGCAAUGCGAUUAGCAUUAUUUCAACUAGAACAAAUAAUGCGCAACAAUGGAAUUAAUGACGAAAAGAAACUUCAGCAAAAUCUUGAGAUAUUUGGCAUCCUAGUUUAUAAGUGGGAUUUCAUUUUCUAUGCGAUGCAUUACUAUGAUGGGACGUAUCUGGUUGAUGAAACUGAUAUAUCAUUUGUAAUACCCAAUACGCCGAUGCAAUUAUACCUGUUGGAAGAUAUCAUAAAAAAAUUAUUGGCAUUUAGGGCUUGUGUUCAACAUCUGAACACACAAAUAACAGAAUUAUUAAGAAAUAUGAAAAUUCGAUGUCAUUCACAACGGACAACAACUGCUAUUGAUGUAUCUCCGAGUUCAAACAUCAAUCCAUGUCCAGUAUACAUCACCAAGUUGAAAACUUAUAAAAAUUCUGUUGA